AUGAGGUCUAUUAUCUUCGCCCUCUUGCCUUUGGCUGGCCUUGCCUUCGCUGAGUCCUCAACCUGUGAUGCCCAGCGUAAGACCGUCACGAAGACGCAGUAUGAGUACCAGACCGUCACUCCUGUUUUGGCCGAAAAGGGAAGAGCCACACCAGAGGCUGUCACCUCGUCCUCAUGCUCCAGGCGUACCGUCACGGCCACCAAAGUCGAGAAGGUCACUGUCACCGUCGGUGCUAGCAACACGGACCCGGGGACUAUCGACGUGACGAGCAUCAGCUACAAGACUGUAAAGACCACUGUCACCGUCCGUCCUUCCGGCGCUCCACCCGCCGCCUCCCAUGCGUCUUCGUCCCUACAAUGGGGCAACUACCCCAACGCAACCUACCACGCUUCUAGCAGCGCAAGAUCGACAUUCUUGACUUCUAGUAGCGCACCUGCGACACCGACAUCCGAUCUCCCCUCGUUCUCUGUCAUUGGCCAAGCCAUCCCCACCUCCGAAGCUGCUCCUGCUGCUGCUGCCACCCCCAAAGUAGCCGCCGCCGCACCCCAAGAAGCACCUGAGACGGUUCCUGGCACCUCAAGCGCCGCCGCCGGCUCCAAGCGUGGCGAAGCCACUUUCUACGGCGGCAACACCGCUGGCGGCAUGUGUUCCUUCACCGGCUAUACCAUCCCAGCUGGACUCUUCGGCACCGCGCUCACCGACUCCGACUGGGACAGCGGCAACGCCUGCGGACAGUGUGUGUCCGUUACCGGACCCGACGGCAAGACCAAGAUCACUGCCAUGGUUGUUGACCAGUGCCCUGGCUGCGGCCCGCAUCACGUGGAUCUUUACCCCGACGCCUUUGCUAAGCUCGCCGACCCAUCCAAGGGCAUAAUCAACGUGUCCUGGGACUUCGUCCCAUGUGGUAUCACGACGCCCAUCGUGCUCAAGAACAAGUCCGGCACCAGCAAGUUCUGGUUCAGCAUCCAGGUCAUGAACGCCAACGUGGGCGUGUCCAAGCUCGAGGUCAGCACGGAUGGAGGCGCUAGCUGGAAGGCGACGACCCGUAAGCCGUACAACUUCUUCGAGCAACCGAGCGGAUUUGGAACAGAUAGCGUGGACAUCAAGAUUACCAGCAUUGACGGUAAGACGGUGGUUGUCAAGGGCGUCAGCGUUACGCCGAAUGCGUUGAAGACGGCUGGUGGGAACUUCUAA